UUGAAAAGGAAAGGAUUGAGAUAAAAGUGGAAUGGAAUGCAUAAGAUUUUAGGGUGAAUGAGAUUAUUACCUUACCUGAUCCAAAAUGCAGAGUGUGAAUUGAGGGUUUAACCGAGAAUUAGCGGUUAAGGCGGUGGCAAUUGGAAGAGGUGUCUCCAUCUUCAUCUCCAUCUCCAUCUCCGUCUGGUGUAGUAGUAGCAGCAGCAGUAGGGUUCCAGCUUCCAAGAAUGGAUCGCCAAUGGCGUCCUUCCCCUCCGCCAAUCCAACCCAAUCUCUGCCCUACCUGCUUCCUCUCACACUUCCCAUUUUGCCCUCCACCACCCCACCCUUUCCCUUACAAGAGACCCCGAAUCGACGACAAUUUCUCCGACGACCAACGCCGAUUGAAGCUGAUUCGCGAUCACGGCACCAACCCCCCUCAACCCCACCACACCCACACCGCCUUCCCUCCCCACAAUGCUCAUUUCAGAUCUUCCCCCCAUCCAUCGCACCACUAUCCCCAUCCCUACCCCUACCCCUUUUCCGAUAACAUCGACGCUUCCAGAUUCUUCAGGCCUCCACCUCCGCCUCCGCCUCCGCCUCCGCCUCCACCUCCUCCCCCUCUCCCUUCUUCUCCGCCGCCACCUCUUCCCAUGGAACCACCCAUCAACCAGUUCAAAACCUACUUUUCCCCACCCUCUCUUUUCCCCGUUCCCGUUAGUUCCUCUCCUUCGUCCUUUUCGCAGCCUCCCGAGCCCUAUUAUCACGCUAAACCACCCCUUCCGGAGUAUCCCAUUCCCACCGUUUUUCCUUCCGAGCAGGAACCCUCGAAGCAGUACUUGGGGGAUUCCCAACCUUAUUCGUUAAACAAGUUUGCUGCUCACAGGCCUAAGUUCAUCGAUGCUUCACAUUUGUUCCGGCAUCCGCAUCGAGCUUCGCGCCCUGAUCAUUUUGUCAUCAUCUUUCGCGGCCUUCCAGGUAGUGGUAAGAGUUACUUGGCAAAGAUGUUGCGUGAUCUUGAGGUUGAAAAUGGCGGUGAUGCUCCACGAAUUCAUUCUAUGGAUGAUUAUUUUAUGACUGAGGUUGAAAAGGUUGAGGAUAGUGAGACAUCAAAAUCUUCAAGUUCAGGCAGAAACAAGAAGCCCGUAAUGAAGAAGGUCAUGGAGUAUUGUUAUGAACCUGAAAUGGAGGAGGCUUAUCGGUCAAGCAUGUUGAAAUCUUUCAAGAAAACUGUUGAGGAAGGAGUUUUCACCUUUAUUAUUGUGGAUGACCGCAAUCUGCGGGUAGCUGAUUUUGCUCAAUUUUGGGCAACUGCAAAGAGAUCGGGGUAUGAAGUUUAUAUUUUGGAAGCUACAUACAAGGACCCUGCGGGUUGUGCAGCGAGGAAUGUCCAUGGAUUUACACAGGAAGACAUAGAAAAGAUGUCUAAGCAAUGGGAAGAAGCUCCAUCCAUGUAUCUGCAGCUUGAUGUGAAGUCAUUAUUUCAUGGAGAUGAUCUAAAGGAAAGCAGAAUAAAGGAGGUUGACAUGGAUAUGGAAGAUGAUAUGGGUGAUGCAUUUCCUCUUGUUCAAGGAAGAGAAGCUGAGAAAGUUGUUGACCCUCCUGUUGGGGAAGAUGCAAGUGUGCUAAAGGCUGGGAAGAGUUGGGAUGCUGAAAGGGAACAUCCGACAGAAGUCAGGGAAUUGGGUAAAAGCAAAUGGUCAGAAGAUUUCGGUGAAGAUGACAAUGAUCAAACUGAAGGUAUGAAGGGCAAUAUUAAUGCUCUGUCUGGGUUAAUUCAUCAAUAUGGCAAGCAACGAAAAUCUGUACAUUGGGGUGAUCAGGGUGGCAAGACAGGGUUUUCAAUAGGGGCUGCAAGGAAGGUAAAUGCUUUGUCUUUAGUAAUCGGACCUGGUGCUGGAUACAACCUGAAGUCUAAUCCAUUACCUGAAGAGGAUAGUCCAACCCGUAAUAGUUUUGAGUCAAAGAAGCAUAACAUAUUUCAAGAGCGGAUCCGGGCUGAACGUGAAUCUUUCAAAGCUGUUUUUGAUAGGAGACGGCAAAGGAUUGGUGGACUUGAUGUGGAGGAGGACUAAAAUACAAUUUAGGGUGUGGGGAGGAGGACUUGAUGUGUGCAAACUUAAUCCCUCCCCCCAUUGCAAUGAGCUCAUGUAUUAGACUAGUUUGGUUGGCUGGAAAAAGAACGUCAUGCCCCCAUUCAAGGAUUAAUAUGAAAUUUGUAUAUACGAUGUAGGUUUUUCUUUCCUUAUACUAUUCAACACCUUAUUUGACAUUUAUGACAUAAAUUACAAUUACUCUGAAAAAAGAAAA